CGGGCACUGGUGGCGGCGGCGUCGCGCCUGUAGGCCGGCCGCAACACGGCGCGCCACAGCGUGCACCGAUGCCUCCUGUGCCCUGCAUGCAGCUGAAUGUGCCGUACAUGAACCAAGCGGCACUUCAGCCGCUUCCGGCCAAGUCCUCACGCCGCUGGGGCCCAGUAAACCCACGGGAGGAUCCGUACAGGCAUGGCCGACGAGACGCGCACAGCAACGACAGGUGGGAGCAACCGGAAGCCCGCAACUUUCCACGAAGCCCCAUUCGGCACCGUUCCCGCAGCCCUGCCCGGCGUGCUGGUAGCCCUAGGCGAGCCCCGUCUCGCAGCCCAAGUCGUUGGCAAGCCUGCAGCCCCUCACGCUGGCGUGCCCGCAGCCCUCCGGGAAACCGCGGCCGUCGCGGCGGUGUGGUUGUGGAGGACUGCCGACGGCGGGCUGCAGCGGCCGCGGCAGCACACGUGCGCAUGCGGAGGCGUAGCUCUGCGGCGGCUGACCUGCCAGCCUUCAAGGGCACAUCGACACCUCAACAAGAGCCGGCCCCUCGCCAUCCUGACGAGGAAACCCGUUGCCGCGGCAGCACCUCUGGUCAGCCCUCCGCGGCCCCGCCCGCGACAGUCGCCAGCAACGCCUGCGCGGCGGCUGCCGCAACCCUGCCGAGCAGCACCGCACCGGAGCCCGAGGCUUCAUCACGCAGCAGCGCCGGCGACAGCUGCGACACUGCAGGCCAAGACGAGGCGGACACGCGUGCCGGUAGCGGCGGUGCCCGGGUUGCUGAGGGCGGGAAGCAUGCCGUACUAGCACGCGGAGCGGGGCGCAGGGGGUCCAAGGGCAUGAGCGAGCGCAGGGGCCGUGGCCGGCGGGCCGCAAGCCGCAACAUCACCGCUGCUGCUGCAGCGGAGCUAGAGCGCGCGAUGGCAAGUGUGACGCUCAGCGACAAGCCGGUGCCAGGAGCUGCGUUCGUGCGCCUGUUCUGUGGCAACUGCGGCAAGGAGCAGAAGUGGGAUGUGGAGGGCGAGCGAGCCAAGCCCCUGCCGGACCCCUCGGCUCCUGACGGCCUGAAGCGCACCAAGGACGGCGGCCGCCUCUACUACGACGCCAAGAACAGCACUUGCCAGUUCUGCGGCAACAUGGCCAUGUGCAACCCGCUCAGCGCCGUCUGCAUCUACUGCGACUGCGUCAUGGAGGGAUUCCGGCCUACCUACUGGAAGUGUACCAACAAGGACGGGACCGCCCGCCGCCGGGCCAUGACGGGGUCGGCUGCUGCUCCCUCUGCCUCCGCUCGCCCUGCAGCCGGGAGCCGGAGCGGGGCCGGCGAUGAUGCGGCAGCGACGCAGAGCGGGUCGGCAGGGGGCAGCUCCCCGGGAGGACCCACGGCAAGCACCGGUAGCGAUGGAGCCCAGGGGGACAAGCCAGAGGCUCCGGAGGCCAAGGGCGGCUGUGAGUAUGCGCGCACGUGCUCCAUCUGCGUGGACCAUGACCUGCGCUACCCGGGCAGGCCGCGAUGCGGCUGCCCCCGCUUGCACGGUGCCAUUGCUGGGCAGGUCACCGGCAACCGGGCAGGCAACUUGGGCUGGGUAAUGGUGCACUAGGUUUAUGGCAGGUGGCAGGCUGUGGCUGCGGGUGCGCUAGUAUUUGUGCAGUGGGAUGUUUUUACGGGAUUGCAGCUUGGUAGGUUUGUCGUGUGGAAUAGUAGUCAUUGGGUAUCGCAUGCGGCAGGACUUUUAAGUGCUAGGGAUUAAGACUUUAAGAGGUGAUUUUACGCAGGGGAUGCUGGCAGGUGUGCUGUUAACUGCAUUGCUGUUUCGUGCCUGCAGCC